CCUGCUCUUAUAGUCGUGUCUUCCUGGUGUAGAAGUCACGAUUAUGUCAAACAGGUAAAGUAUGUUUGUGUUGACAGAAGCCGCAGAGAGUUUAACACCACUGCAUGGAGGACCGCAUGUUUCAUGUCAACUAUUUAGACUGAACCGAGAAAAAGGUUGAUACCGAGAGAGAUACAUGGCUGAAAUAAUUGCCAUUAACGUCAGUUUGCCAUCUCUCUUCGCGAUGAACGCCACUUUCCCGGUGCCAGCGGACACCGGCGGUGUUGCUCCUGCAGCCUCCUUUUCUGCAGCCUCCCUCGGCAGCGAGGACUACCUGUUUGUGGAGAGCAGACACCCCAGCACUGUCCUGCAGGGCCUCAACAGCCUGCGGCUCAACAACGCCUUCUGUGACGUGACGUUGUGUUGCGGAGGACAGGAGUUUCCCUGUCAUCGCAUCGUGCUGGCCUCCUUCAGCUCCUACUUCCAGGCCAUGUUUUCCACUGAUUUGAUCGAGUCCAAACAGGAGCGAGUUGCCAUCAAUGGAGUUGAACCUCAGAUGAUUGGCAUGCUGGUGAGCUAUGCCUACACAUCCGAGGUUUACAUCUCCAAAGCUAAUGUUCAGGCUCUCCUGGCAGCGGCCAACUUGCUGGACGUGAUGGCUGUCAGAGAGGCCUGCUGUCGCUUCAUGGAGGGGCAGAUGGAUGAGAUGAACUGUGUGGGGAUUCACUGCUUCGCUGAGGCCCACUCUUGUAAGGUGCUGGAGAAACGCAGCAUGGACUACAUCCUGGAGCACUUCAGCAGUGUUUAUCAGCAGGAGGAGUUUCUGUCUCUGUGUGUGGACAAACUGACUGAAAUCAUCGGCAGCGACCAUCUCAACGUGCCUGAAGAGGAGAUGGUCUUUGAGGCCGCUGUGCUGUGGUUGAAUAAAUGCCCUUCUCGAAAGCAGAGCUUUGAAAAGGUCCUUGAGCACAUCCGCCUGCCUCUAAUCAGCCCUUACUACCUCCACGAUGUGAUCGAGUCUCUAGACGUGGUGAAGGAGAACCAAGCCUGUCAGAGGCUCAUCUCUGAGGCCAAGGACUACCUGCUGCUGAAGGACCGUAGAGGAGAACUGUUCUGUCCCAGAGCCAGACCUCGCAGGUCCACAGGAACAGCUGAAGUGAUUGUGACAGUCGGGGGGGAGGAUGACAAGGUGGUGUUGCGCAGUGUGGAGAGCUUUGAUCCUGUGACAAAUCACUGGAAGAAUCUGGCGUGUCUGCCCUUCGCUGUCAGCAAACAUGGGCUGGUCGUGUCAGACUCUACUCUGUAUCUGGCUGGAGGGGAGUUUCCCGAUGGCUCAGCCAGCAGGGAGAUGUGGCGGUAUGACCCCUGCUUCGACUCCUGGAUGGAGAUGGCACCGAUGAAUGUGGCUCGUUCUGAGUUAGGCCUUGUGAUGCUGGAUGGCUUUGUGUAUGCAGUUGGAGGCUGGGAGGGUCGAUCUCGCCUGGACUCGGUGGAGUGCUAUAACCCUCACACCAAUUCCUGGCAGUUUACAGAAUCGGUGAAAAUGGCGGUCACCAGUCCUGCUGUGGUGGCACUGGAUGGACAGCUAUAUGUAACUGGUGGCGCAGUUCUAGAGGACGGCGAUGGCACAGACUUAGCCCAGGUUUACAGCCCUAAAACCACAGUGUGGACAGAUAUAACCCCGAUGCAGAUUGCACGCUCUGGGUCAGCAGCCUGUACGCUGAAAGGAAAAAUAUAUGUUAUAGGUGGAUGGCACGCUUCAACAGAGAACACAGAUAAGGUGGAGUGUUACAAUCCCAAUACCAACCAGUGGACCAUGUGCGCCCCUAUGAAAGAACGACGGUAUCGGCCUGGCGCUGCCGUCGUGGACGGAAAAAUAUAUGUUCUUGGAGGAGAAGAAGGCUGGGACAGAUAUCACGACACCAUUGAGAGGUACUGUGAUGAGACGGACACGUGGGAGAUUGUUGGGGAGAUGCCCACCAGUCGUAGCUGGCUCAGCUGUGUGUCACUGCAGCUUAGGAAGGACAUCUUCAUGAGCUGUCCAGGAACGCCAAAUGACAAUUGAGGGGAGACGCCAUGAAGGACCUUUCCUGGUUAUUAAUUGCACCCUCUUCAGAGAUCGUGCACAACAGAGCUCUGAGCUGCCAAGUCAGAAGACUGGGAAGUUGUUCUCAGAUAUAGCACAGAGCUGUUGGAGCUGUUACUGGUGGCCUAGCAGUGUCUUUGAAUUAGUGCAGACUUGUUAAAGGAGUCUCACUCACUUAAUUUCCUCUGUUGGUGCAGAGAAAAAAGGAAAAAGUGAUGUUUACACACAUGAUUUCAUGUUACUACGUUAAACCACUUGGUCUGUAAUCUGAAUUCAUUUCCUGUUUGAUGUGAACAUGGUCAAGAUGUGGUUAUGUCUGAGCAGCGCUAAUCUGUGAAGGUGUAUCUGGCCAACAUAGUGUAUUUUUGUAUCAUUGUUGUUUGAUGUAUUUAUUGGGGUGUUAUAAGCUGUGAGAAUUUUUUUUUUUUUCAAAAAAACACAAGUAUAUCAUUAUUUCUUUAUUUCAAAAGCUGCUGUGUGGGCCAAAGAACUGAAAAGACAUUUAAAAAAUUACCAGUGAAAAAUCUAUUUGUGUCAUGUUUUUGUAAUUCAGAGUCAAGAGUUUUAAAUGACUGUCUUUAUUACGUGUAACUUGUUGAGUAUAUUUUUGUAAUGUAGUGUGCCUCACGCAUUCAAUUGGAUUUAAAUUGACUUAGAUUCUAAUAAAGAUAUUAUUAAAUUGG